GAAUCCAAAGAAACCAAUCAAACAGAAGGGAAAAGGGAAAAAGUACAUUCGUACAUUGAUUCAUUAACCGGGGUAAAUCAACGCAGACUACCUUGGGUGUUGCAUGUUGUAGCGACACAAGUCCAUUGCCCCGAAUUCUAUUACAGCUAAAGACCCAGCUGAUUCCCUUUCCCGUCAUCUUACAUUUUCAUUCAUAUUCUCUUCUUCAUACUUCUUCUGCAUGAUUGUAAUUGCACUCGAUUACAUCUUGUUCUGAUUCACUCUCCUCAAGUAUUGAACAUUACGCAUUCCAACUGAUCACGUCUUUGAAUUCCGUCACCGAUCAUUGGCGCACAAAGAAAGGAGAGACACUAUACUUGCACGACCCCGCAUUGCGGUGACACUAAGUAAAUACCAAGCUCGCGGCGUAGACCUUCACUCUAUCUUUCACAUCUCAAUCAAUCCACAAUACCACAACACCAGAAAUAUAGCCAUGUCUGAAGGAAAGGUAAAGCCAUCUACUCCCGUAGUAGCAGAAGCUCAUGAUGUCGAUACAUUCCACCCCCCGCAAAAGAUGUUUGACAAGCAUCCAAGCAAGCCCCAUUUGAGCGGACUCGACGAAUACAAGAAACUCUACAAUGAAUCAAUCAAAGAGCCCAACAAGUUUUGGGGAAGAAUGGCCCGUGAACUUCUUACCUGGCAAAAAGAUUUCGAGACUGUACACAGCGGAUCGUUUGUGGGCGGUGACAAUGCCUGGUUCUUGGAGGGUCAAUUAAAUGCUUCAUUCAAUUGUGUUGAUCGCCAUGCGAUCAAGAACCCAGACAAGCCAGCUAUCAUUUACGAAGCCGAUGAAGCUAGCGAUGGUCGCACUCUCACAUAUAGCGAACUUCUGCGAGAAGUUUGCAAAACCGCAUAUGUUCUCAAACAAAUGGGUGUUAAGAAGGGGGACACUGUUGCGAUUUAUCUGCCUAUGAUUCCAGAAGCUGUUAUUGCUUUCUUGGCUUGUUCGCGUAUUGGUGCAGUUCACUCUGUAGUCUUUGCCGGUUUCUCAUCCGAUUCCCUUCGAGACAGAGUUAUUGAUGCUCAGUCGAAAGUUGUGAUUACGUCGGAUGAGGGCAAGCGUGGUGGAAAACUCAUUGGCACAAAGAAGAUUGUGGAUGAUGCGCUGAAACAAUGUCCCGAUGUCACGCACUGUUUGGUUUACAGACGUACCGGUGCCGACGUUCCAAUGACCGAAGGACGUGAUUGGUGGUGGCAUGAGGAGGUCGAGAAAUGGCCAUCUUACAUUGCUCCAGAGCCAAUGAACUCCGAGGAUCCAUUGUUCUUACUUUAUACCUCUGGAUCAACUGGAAAACCAAAGGGUGUUAUGCACUCAACCGCUGGUUAUCUUUUAGGUGCGGCAGCUACUGGAAAGUAUGUAUUCGAUAUUCACGACUCAGAUAAAUUCUUCUGUGGCGGUGAUGUUGGAUGGAUUACUGGUCAUACAUAUGUAGUUUAUGCCCCUCUUCUUCUUGGUGUUGCAACUGUUGUGUUCGAAGGAACUCCAGCAUAUCCAAAUUUCUCCAGAUAUUGGGAUGUUAUUGAGAAGCACGAGGUCACACAAUUCUAUGUUGCGCCUACAGCGCUCAGAUUAUUGAAGCGUGCCGGUGAUCAACAUGUCAAGGCACAAAUGAAGCACUUGAGAGUAUUGGGAUCAGUUGGUGAACCAAUUGCUGCCGAGGUCUGGAAAUGGUAUUUCGAGAUUGUUGGAAAGGAAGAAGCUCACGUUGUUGACACCUACUGGCAAACUGAGACCGGUUCCAAUGUCAUUACUCCUCUCGCAGGUGUUACCCCUACCAAGCCUGGUAGUGCAUCACUUCCAUUUUUUGGUAUCGAGCCUGCGAUUAUCGACCCUGUCUCCGGAGAAGAAAUUCACGGAAAUGAUGUCGAGGGUGUAUUGGCUUUCAAGCAACCAUGGCCCAGUAUGGCUCGUACCGUUUGGGGAGCACACAAGAGAUAUAUGGAUACAUAUUUGAACGUCUACAAGGGGUACUACUUCACUGGUGAUGGAGCAGGACGUGAUCACGAAGGUUACUACUGGAUCCGAGGCCGUGUUGACGACGUUGUCAACGUCAGCGGUCAUCGUCUCUCUACCGCCGAAAUUGAAGCUGCUUUGAUUGAGCAUCAUGCUGUUGCCGAAGCUGCAGUCGUUGGUAUCAACGAUGAGCUUACUGGACAAGCAGUCAAUGCUUUCGUCGCUAUUAAGGACGGUAAUGAGGUUAACGAUUCACUGAAGAAGGAUCUCAUCUUACAAGUCCGAAAGAGUAUCGGUCCAUUCGCAGCUCCAAAGGCAGUAUUUGUUGUUCCAGAUUUGCCAAAGACUAGAAGUGGUAAGAUUAUGCGCAGAAUUUUGAGAAAGAUUCUAGCGGGUGAAGAAGAUCAGUUGGGUGACAUUUCUACGCUCUCCGAUCCAAGUGUAGUCGAGAAAAUCAUCAAUAUAGUUCACAGCGCAAGAAAGUAGAGUAAUGAAAAGAAAUACAUUGGAUAUUCUAAGGAUGGGAGGAAGGAGUUUUAUACUGCUCAUUGCUUUUGAUGCAUGCAGAUUAUGGCAUGCUAGUUUAUCUUUCCUUACAGUCAUUGGACUUGACUCGGAAGAGUCUGUUAGCAAUGUUGGAGGACUGGCGAUGAACUUCGGUUUCGGUUGGUCUUGAGGAAAUAUCAGGGGGUUAGGUUGCUUUUAUUUGAUUGGUAUUUAGCUGAGUAUGACGAAUUAAGAAACUCUUAUAUGAUAGUUCCAUUGCUGCUUUUCUGUACGUUGCUCGCCCGAAGUACUCGUAUGCAUAUAAUCUGUAGCAUGUAUGACA